CUCAUCGAUUGGCUAGUUAGUGCGGUUAAUCUGAAAUCAACCAAUGGCUGAACGUGUGUUGCCGACAAUCGUCUUGUAUAUGCUGAGUGGCGUGGGUUAGCUUGAGCACUACAUCGACCUACAGCUUAUACACACGGUUUCUUAAGUGCCAAUAAAACAGAAUGGGUCGCACAAAUGCUUCGGGAAAGCCAAAAGGCAGAAUGACUGCCUACGCUUUCUUUGUGCAAACUUGCAGAGAGGAACACAAAAGAAUGCAUCCAGAUGAAUCAGUUGUGUUUGCAGAAUUCUCAAGAAAAUGUUCAGCAAAAUGGAAGGUGAUGUCAGAGAAAGAAAAAAUGAGAUUUGAAGAUAUGGCUAAGAGAGACAAGGAACGUUUUGAAAGAGAGAUGUCGACAUAUGUACCCCCAAAGGGUGAACCCACUGGAAAGAGGAAGAGGAAAAAUAAGGACCCAAAUGCUCCCAAGAGAGGAUUAUCGGCUUUCUUCUUUUUCUGCAAUGAAGAGAGAGCAAAGGUAAAAGCUGCCAAUCCAAGUUUAUCAAUGGGAGAAAUUGCUAGAGAAUUGGGGAAGAGAUGGGAAAAGGUGCAGGGUGCGAGUCGCAGCAAGUACGAGCAAGAUGCUGCCAGAGAUAAAGCCAGAUACGAACAGGAGAUGCAAGCUUAUAAGGCCAAGUCCGGCAUUCCCCAGAAGAAAGGAAGCGCGGCAGCCGCACCAUCACCCAAAAAGAAGGCCCCAGCUGUACAGAAGAAAGAGGAGAGUGAAGAUGACGACGAGGAUGAUGAUGAUGAAGAUGAGGAUGAUGAUGAUGAGGACGAGGAUGAUGAUGAGGAAGAUGACGACUAAACUGGAACAAGGUGUCCCGUAUGAACUGAAAGACAAUGAGGACAUAACAGUUGAAGCAAGAGCAUUUUGGAUGCCGGCCUGGUGACUAUCUUGCCACCUCCGUGUUCCAACUAAACCAUGGGCUGGAGAGUGUCAAUCCCGUUCUGCUUUAAUGUUUAUUUUAGUGGGUUUUUUUUCCUUCACUGCAAACUCUUAAUUUUUAGGAAUUUUUGGAUUGGCAAAGUGUCCCUUCUGCAUUGCCUUUGUUGGAUUUUUAUUCAAUCAGACAUUUUUUGCUGAUAUUUUGCUUGAGUUGGCAAUCUACUAAGGAGUAAAACUGACGUCUCCUAGAAAUCUGGGUUGAUCACAGUGAAAGGAGGGAUCAGAGCUGGGGCAGAUGAAGCUGUGUACUAUCAUACUGGAUUGUCCUGUUCUGCACAAGAUGGUUUAUUUUUGAUGAAAACUAAGUUAGGUGACUUAGAGUUGCAUCAGCUUGUAGAUAAUUGUUACUCUCUCAUCGUAGGUUAUAUUUUCAUCAUACAUUUGUUUUAAACUCGUCCUAUUGCAUCUACACACCAGCUCUCUAGAGCAAUAUUGGUGUCAUUUCAUCAAGCUAUUUAAGGCAAACCUUACCAUGAAUAUUUCAUCGAUACUUCUGCUUCACCAUGUCAUGUGGCUUUGCAGGUUCAGCGUAAGAGAUUGUCACAUUCGAUUCUUUGUUACAUUUAUGAAAUGUUAGCGCAAUCUCACCAGUUCAGCUACAAUAAAAGUGUUUCCUUGUUGAGUGCUUAGCGGCUUGAGCGUCAAGUUGAGACUGGAUGUGAUGGUGAGAGAGAGUACUGUAUAAGGUACUCUGGUUCUAGCCAAUCUUAUUUGGGAUUCUCAACUUAAGCCAAGCCACAUUGAUGUUACAUGGGGAACCAAUUAGGAUUCAUGUUUGAUGUUGAUCCAUUUGUGCAUUUUAAUAGUGUAAAAUACAUCAUUUUAUUGUGGAUGUGAAUGUGACCAUUUUGUAUCUCAUAGAAUAAAGACUAUGAUGUUGUGAAAUACAUGGCCUUGA